AUGAAAAAGGUUUGUGCAGGGCCACCACUUCCACAUGUCGUGCUUGUGGCAAGAAAGGCCAUUGGGCUACUGCUUCCAAGUGUCCUGCCAGGAAUGCCAGAUGCAGGGAGUGUCACCUCUACUGCACGACCGAAGCCUCAGCCUUCCCCUAAAGUCCGCGUGUCAAUUCGGCAUAAUGAUUUAUCAGGGAGUCUUGCCAUCAUCCCUGACUCAGGUGCAGGUAAGGAGUUGUGCAUCCCUGAUGCCCUUUCCCGGUCACCUGUGAGUCGCCCAACGAUGGAAGACGGUGCCUUCGAUGCUGAAAUGGACACCUCUGUCAAGAUUGUAGCUCUGCAUGCUGUUCAGUCUACUAAAGCAUCAGAAGCCAUAGACGAGCAAGAGGAUCUCUUCUUGGAAGAAUUGCGGACAGCUGCCUCUAAGGAUGCUUCUUAUGAGGAGCUGCUUCACCAUGUAAAGUCAGGGUUCCCCAAAGACCGCUACAACCUGCCAAGUGCCUUGCGACCGUACUGGAAGAUUCGCAAUGAAUUGUACAACGAUGGUGACUUGGUGCUGUAUGGACCUCGAGUGGUUGUCCCUGCUUCUUUACGUCGUAGCACCCUAGCUCGCCUGCAUGACAGUCACUGUGGCGUGGAAGCAACAAAGCGUCGUGCACAACAGACAGUCUUUUGGCCAGGCAUUAAUGCUGACAUUGUAAACACUGUCCGUGCCUGUGAGCCAUGCCAGCGCCUACAGCCUAGUCAGCAACAGGAGCCACUGAUUUUGGAUGACAAACCCACAAGACCAUUUAUGUCUGUGUCGGCAGACUUUUUCAGUGUUGCUGGAAAACACUUCUUGGUGUAUGCUGACAGACUAUCAGGAUGGCCUGUCGUCAUCCCAUGUGGAACUAGUGCAACAAGUGCUUCGACAAUCAGAUUCUUCCGGCAUUUGUUCCGUGAUCUGGGUGUGCCAGUUCGCCUACGCACUGACGGCGGACCCCAGUUCUCCAGCCGGGAAUUUGCAACUUUCCUUCAGCGAUGGGGAGUACGUCAUGCUAUGUCAAGCCCCCAUUACCCACAGUCCAAUGGGCAUGCAGAAGCUGCUGUGAAGAAGGUCAAGCAUCUGAUCAUGAAGACAGCACCCAACGGAAAUAUUGACAGCGAGGAGUUCGACAGAGGAUUACUGGAGUUACGUAACACCCCAAACUUCACUGGUCGAUCUCCUGCUCAGAUUCUGUUUGGCAUGCCCCUUCGCUCCUGUGUGCCUGCCCACUCUAGUGCCUUCAUGAAGGAGUGGCAGACCAAGGCUGAGGACUGCGACCGUCGUGCCGCAGUACGGGCCAAGGACGUGAAGACCCGCUAUGACAAGCGUGCCCACUCACUUUCCAAGUUAGAGAUUGGGGCGCAAGUGCGAGUCCAGGAUCCCACAUCCAAGCGUUGGGAUAAGGUCGGCACUGUCAUGGGUAUUGGCAAAUCUCGUGAUUAUCACAUCAGGCUCCCAAGUGGCCGUAUACUGUGGCGCAAUCGACGCUUCUUGCGCCCUACACAACUCGUGAUUGGAAACUCAGCAGAUCUGGAAGAACAGCAGUCAGACGACGCACCAGGAUCUUCCGCCCCAUCUGUGCCUGUUGAACCUCGACGUUCGGAACGUAUCAAGUUGAAGUCCGUUCAAGACUCCCGCUAGUGAACGUGAAGGGGGGAGGGAGAUGUGGGUUGUGAUAGUGAAGUGAGUUGUGAUAACAAUGUGAGUUGUGAGUGCCAUGUUGUGAUGCCAAUGCAUAUGGAUUAUAAUGCCAGUAUUAUCGUACGCAUAUUGUGAUAAUUAUGUUAUUAUAUUAUAUACACUACCUUUUG